UAAAAAAAAAAAAAGAUGAGAGGACAACAUGCAAAUAAUUCAUGUCAAAACUUUUGUUUUCCAGGAUCUAGUUCGGGUUCAAAAUUGAAAAGUCCUGAACUGAGUUUAAAAGGCACCCAGCACGUCUUGCAAGCAGGCCAGACGCUGCAUCUCACGUGCAGGGGGAAAGCAGCCCACUCCUGGUCUUUGCCUGAAACCGUGAGUAAGGAGAGCAGAAGGCUGAGCAUAACUCAGUAUGCCUGUGGGAGCAAUGGCAAGCAGUUCUGCAGUACUCUGAACUUGACCGAGGCCCAGGCAAACCACACUGGCUUCUAUAGCUGCAAAUAUCUCUCUACACCUGCUUCGAAGGAGGAAACAGAAUCUACGACCUAUAUAUUUAUUAAUGAUACAGGGAGACCUUUCUUAGAGAUGCACAGUGAAAUCCCCGAAGUCAUAUACAUGAAUGAAGGAAAGGAGGUCGUCAUUCCCUGCCGAGUCACUUCGCCCACCAUCUCCGUCACUUUAAAAAAGUUUCCUCUCGAGACUCUGAUCCCUGAUGGAAAGAGGAUAACCUGGGACAGCAGGAAGGGCUUCACAAUCUCCAAUGCGACAUACAGAGAAAUAGGGCUCCUGAUCUGUGAAACCACCGUCAACGGACACGUGUACAAGACCAACUAUCUCACAUACCGACAGACCAAUAUAAUCCUAGACGUCCAGAUGAGCCCUCCCGGCCCGGUCAAGUUACUCCGGGGUCAGACUCUCACCCUCAACUGUACUGCAACCACUCCCUUGAACACGAGAGUGCGAAUGACCUGGAGUUACCCCGCUCAAGACAAGAACAGAGCCUCCAUAAGGCAACGGAUCGACCAGAGCGAUCCCCACGCCAACAUGUUCCACAGCGUCCUCGUCAUCGACCGCGUGCAGAGCCAGGACAGGGGCCUUUACACCUGCCACGUGACGAGCGGCCUGUCCUCCAAGUCUGUCAACACCUCGGUGCACAUAUAUGGUAAAGCGUUCAUCAGCGUGAAGUACCGAAAGCAGCAGACGCUUGAAACCGUGGCUGGCAAGAAGUCGUGCCGUGUCUCCAUGAAGGUGAAGGCGUUUCCCCGGCCGGAAGUGGCAUGGCUCAAGGACGGGUUACCUGCCACGGAGAAAUCCGCUCGCUACUUGGUUCACGGCUAUUCGCUAAUCAUUAAGGACGUGGCUGCCGAAGACGCGGGGAAUUACACAAUCCUGCUGGGCACGAAGCAGUCAGACGUGAACAAAAGCCUCACAGCCACGCUCAUCGUGAACGUGAAACCCCAGAUUUACGAAAAAGCCGUGUCGUCAUUUCCGGACCUGAUUCUGCACCCCCUGGGCAGCCGACAAAGCCUGACUUGCACCAUCUACGGCAUCCCUCAGCCCGUGAUCCAGUGGUUCUGGCAGCCCUGUAACCACAGUCACUCGAAAGCAAGGUAUGACAUUUGCUCCAAUAAUGAAGAGUCCUUUUUGCUGGAUCCUGAGAGCAACACAGGAAACAGAAUCGAGAGCAUCACUCAGCGCACGGCAAUCAUAGAAGGAAAGAAUAAGACGGCUAGCACCUUGGUCGUGGCUGAGUCCAGAAUUCCUGGAAUCUACACUUGCAUGGCUUCCAAUAAAGUGGGAACAGUGAAGAGGAACAUAAACUUUUAUGUCACAGAUGUGCCGAACGGAUUCCACGUUACGCUGGAGAAGAUGCCCACGGAGGGAGAGGACCUGAGACUGUCGUGCACGGUGAACCGGUUCUUGUACGGAAACGUCACGUGGAUCCUGCUGCGGACGGUCGGCAACCGAACCGUGUGGCACAGCAUCAGCAAGCAGAAUCAGGCCGUCAUGACGGCCUUCUCCAUCACCCUUGACCUCGUCAUCAGGAACGUGUCCCUGGAAGCUUCAGGCACCUAUGCCUGCAGAGCCAGGAACAUAUUCACAGGGGAAGAAAUCCUUCAGAAGAAAGAAGUUACAAUCAGAGGUCAGGAAGCACCGCGCCUCCUGCGGAACCUCAGCGACCACACCGUGGCCGCCAGCAGCUCCACCACCCUAGACUGCCACGCUCACGGCGUCCCCGAGCCUCAGCUCACCUGGUUCAAAAACGACCACAAAAUACAGCAAGAGCCCGGGAUUAUUUUAGGACCAGGCAGCAGCACGCUGUUUAUUGAAAGAGUCACAGAAGAGGACGAAGGCGUCUAUCGCUGCAAGGCCACCAACCAGAAGGGCUCCGUGGAAAGCUGGGCGCGCCUCACCGUGCGAGGCACCUCGGACAGAUCCAACCUGGAGCUCAUCACGCUGACGUGCACGUGUGUGGCUGCGACUCUCUUCUGGCUCCUGCUAACUCUCUUUAUCCGAAAACUGAAAAGGUCUUCUACAGAAAUAAAGACGGACUACCUGUCAAUCAUAAUGGAUCCAGAUGAAGUCCCCCUGGACGAGCAGUGCGAGCGUCUCCCUUACGACGCCAGCAAGUGGGAGUUUGCCCGGGAGAGACUUAAACUGGGCAAAUCGCUCGGAAGAGGGGCCUUUGGAAAAGUGGUUCAAGCAUCUGCGUUUGGCAUUAAGAAAUCACCCACGUGCCGGACUGUGGCUGUGAAGAUGCUGAAAGAGGGGGCCACGGCCAGCGAGUACAAAGCUCUGAUGACUGAGCUCAAGAUCUUGACCCACAUCGGCCACCAUCUGAACGUCGUCAACCUUCUGGGAGCCUGUACCAAGCAAGGAGGGCCCCUGAUGGUGAUCGUGGAAUAUUGCAAAUAUGGGAACCUAUCCAACUACCUCAAGAGCAAACGAGACUUAUUCUUUCUCAACAAGGGGCGAUUGCCAGCUCGAGGGACUGACUGUCUUCCCCGGUGGCACUCCCUUUCAUCCAUGUCCCUCUCGGUCUGUUCAAAGGAUGCAGCGUUACACGUGGAGCCUAAGAAAGAAAAAAUGGAGCCAGACUUGGAGCAAAGCAAGAAACAAAGACUAGAUAGUGUCACCAGCAGUGAGAGCUUUGCGAGCUCCGGGUUUCAGGAAGAUAAAAGUCUGAGUGAUGUCGAGGAAGAGGAGGAUUCUGACGAUUUCUACAAGCAGCCCAUCACUAUGGAAGAUCUGAUCUCUUACAGUUUUCAAGUGGCCAGAGGCAUGGAGUUUUUGUCUUCCAGAAAGUGCAUCCAUCGGGACCUGGCAGCACGAAAUAUUCUUUUAUCUGAGAACAAUGUGGUGAAGAUUUGUGAUUUUGGCCUCGCCCGGGAUAUUUAUAAGAACCCCGAUUAUGUGAGAAAAGGAGAUACACGACUUCCUCUGAAGUGGAUGGCUCCUGAAUCUAUCUUUGACAAAAUCUACAGCACCAAGAGCGACGUGUGGUCUUACGGAGUUCUGCUGUGGGAGAUCUUCUCCUUAGGUGCGUCCCCGUACCCAGGCGUGCAGGUGGACGAGGACUUCUGCAGCCGCCUGAAGGAAGGCGUGAGGAUGCGGGCCCCCGAGUACGCGACUCCUGACAUCUAUCAGAUCAUGCUGGACUGCUGGCACAGAGACCCCAAGGAGAGGCCGAGGUUCGUGGACCUCGUGGAAGAGCUGGGCGACUUGCUUCAAGCCAACGUACAGCAGGACGGUAAGGACUACAUCCCACUGAGCGCCAUGCUGACAGCAAACGGCGGGUUCGCGUGCUCAGCCCCCGCCUCCGCCGAGGACUUCUUCAAGCAAGGGGUCUCAGCUCCGAGGUUUAAUUCUGGAAGUUCCGAUAACGUCAGAUAUGUGAAUGCUUUCCAUUUCAUGAGCCUGGAAAGAAUCAAAACCUUCGAAGAACUUUCCCCGGUCGCCACCUCCAUGCUCCACGGCCACCGGGCGGACAACAGCGCUCUGCUGGCCUCCCCGUUGCUGAAGCGCUUCACAUGGACUGAGAGCAAAGCCCCGGCCUCGCUGAAGACCAGCUUGAGAGUGACCAGUAGAAGCAAGGAGUCGGGGCUCUGCGACCUCGGCAGGCCUGCCUUCUGCCACCCCGGCUGUGGGCACGGCGCCGCGGGCAGGCGCAGAUUCACCUACGACAACUGCGAGCUGGAGAGGGAGAUGUCGUGCUGCGCCCCGCCCCCGGACUACAACUCGGUGGUCUUGUACGCCACGCCUCCUGUCUAACGCUGGCCACGACGCCCGAUUGCCAGACCCACAUGUGUAUUUAUAUCUCCAGAAAACUAGCUUUUGCCAGUAUUAUCCACGUUUGAAUUGACACCUCUGCCUUUCCACAGGAGCCAGCUGCUUGUGAUUUUCAGUCGUGCCUUUUUCUUUUGACUAACAAGAAUGUAACCCCAGAUAAACAGUGACGGUGCCAAGCGAAGACCCCGCCGGCCCCCGCCUCACUCGGUGUGUAGGAGCCCUUUGGGCCCGCGGCCUGGCCCGCUCCUCAGGCCGAGGCCACGGGCUCACGGCCUCGGACGACGCGGGAGAUACACUGGCCAGGCCACGCGGCCCGAGAACCAGGGCCACCAAGGCCGAGUGGGUCUCCGGGGGGCCUCUGGUGGACGUGACGUGUGAGGAGGGAGGAGGGACCAGGACAGGGCCCGAGGAGGGAGGGUUGGGGCCGGACCGUGGGGAGGGGUAGGAGAGGCCUGCUGCAGCGCCCACAGGGACCCGAUCCGAUCCGGUCCCCAUCGGGAAACCCAGCUGGGAGCACACAGGACCGAGGGAUGAGGGGACAGUUUUUGGAUUCCGAGAGGCAAGAAAAAGACAAACAUUUUUUGGAACUACAAAGCAAAUUUUAGACUCCAGCUACAGGGCCGGGUCUCUGCCCAGCCCACACAGGGCACAUUUUUUAUUUCUAGCGCUGCGGGUGGUGCUCAAAUCUGAGGCCACGCUGCUGGCCGCUGUAAGGGGACAUGGAGAAGUCGCCCCGAUCUAAGCUGGCUCCAUGGCACAGUGGCAGAAGGCUCACAGGAAGCUAACUGGAAUAAGUGCCAUUUGUCUCAAAAUGGAACGUCAGAUUCUAUUGAGUGUGGUGUGUCUUGGAGACACAGCUCAGCGUUUUGUGUGGCUGGUGGUACAGGGAGCCGGGCGAGGGGGAACAGUGCUGUUGGGGUUCUCUCCCCCUGGAACUGGGCCGAGGGGGUCACGGGAAGGCGGGUGAAAGCCGCAUCUCUGUGCCAAGCAGGCCACCCACCAUGAGCUCAGACCCAAGGGACAGUCGGCCGCGGUCCCUUCUUAGCAGAGUCCACCGUGUCACGUUUGUCUCCUGGGAAGAUGAGGUAGAGCAUUAAUCUAUGUUUACUAAGCACUUUAUGCUCUUUGAGGGAAGGCGGUAUGUAAUCUAUGCAAGAUAUUUCUAGAGCGGGGACUCGGGGUCAGCCAGACAGCAGUCGGAGAGGCCUCUCUCCCUCCGCCUUGUGGCCGAGGAUGGGAUGGGGGCCGGGGUGCAACAGGGCGCCACGCCGCGGGGCCCAAGGCCCCACGCCACGCCGCGGGCUCUGCGCCUCCCGAGGCCAGCCAGGGCCGGACGGGCCGCAGGGAACUGUGGCUUCUGGUAGAGAAACGUGUGUUUCCCAUUAUGCGUGUAGCUUAACUCUAGAACCAGAAAUAGAAGUAAGAGAAGAGUCUGUGCUGCCUUCUCCAUGCGUCACAGUCUAGUUUUGAGGUUCUUUGGAGAGAGGGGGGAGUCGGUGGGCCCUGUGGUGGCCCCGCUGCGGGGGCCUCUGGCCGGCAGAGCAUUGGGUCAGGCCCCUCCGCUGAGGGCCAGUCCAGACGCAGCCAGGCCACAGGGGAAGCUUCGUCCACGCGCCUCCGCGUGCGCACACGCUCCUGUGACGCCAGUGGCUGGGAGGUGAGGCCCCGGGGCAGUGAGAGACCUCCGUCAGCUCCCGCGUGUUUUCACAUCAGGUCAGGAUCCAGCAAUUAGUGAAAACCAAGGAAGACCUUAGCUCUGUGUAUAACACCUCGAUUUCGAUCAUCUAAUUCCUAAUCAUUACGAGACCUUAGUGACACCAUCCUACUAAAGGACAGACAUCUGUUAGAACGACAUUCAUUCAGCUUACGGCUCCGGGCUGGAGCCUGCAGGAGGCCAUCGUCACCACCUGCUCCCAGCUGCAGUCUUCACAGAAAGAUGGAGGCCCGCGGUGAUGAGUACUAUGCGUAGCUGCCAAGCGCCUGCUCAGACUGCUUCACGAAAGCAGCACUAGAAAUUAAGACACUAAUUAACUGCCGGUGUUCUUAGAGCCCUUUGUCACCUGGGCCAGGAGCGGUCGGCACGGACGGUGAAAGCAGCAGCACAGCCUUUCGGGAUUUUGAGCGCGGGCGGGCGGGACGGGACGAAGCACGUGCAGGCGUAGAUCCGCUCUAAGAAAUGACGCUCGGACCUCCGCGGUGGCCACGGAGCAGAGCUGCUCAAACCCCGAGACGCACCGCUCGGCCAUCCGGCGAAGCCUCGGUCCCGGCCCGGGAGAACGCCGAGCGGGACGCGAUGCGGCUCCGUGGUGGCCCCUCACCUGAGCACGUCUCUGACCGACGGUGGGAGUGACCGUGUACAUAGACAGACACGUGUGUGUGUGUGUGUUUGUGCAGAACUAUUUAAGGAAACUGGAAUUUUAAAGUUACUUUUAUACAACCGAGAAUAUAUAUGCUGCAGAUAUAAGACAGACAUGAUAUGGUUCUACAUCUCUAGUCACUAUGAAUGUAUUUUGUAUGCUAUCUUCAUCUAAUAAAGUUAACUUCCAAAGA